AUGUCCGCAUCAUCUGCAGCUGCUAACGAAGAUAACACGGACUCCAAAUUGCUAGCCCAAGAGGCGCUUCUUCGACGCAUCGCAUCCACGUCUGAAGCACGACGAGUGUUGGCCUUGAAGGGAAGCUUUCUAACUCGCACUUGGGCCUUGGAGUUGGGUAUUGACCGUCCUGCAGCUGACUUGGAUUUUGCUGCUCUGUAUCCUGUCGAUGGUGACGACUGCAUACAAACCAGAGGAUUUUGGCAAGACUGUUGCUCUUCCCUGCAGCAAGAAGAAGAUGAUGGUUGCUCUGUGGUCCUCCGAUCGACGGAACGAACGCGCAAAGAUUACCCAGUGCCUCAUUCCAAUGGACUCUUUUCUGUCUUUGAUGUGACUCUCCCAGACGAGACCAAAGUUGAAUUGCAUGUCGAUAUUGGUUGGGGAGAUCCAAUCUUUCCAACCUGGGAGUGGAUGAAGUAUGCCUGCCAAAAUGGAACAAACAUACAAUUUCUGGCAGUACCAAUGGAGAUGCAAUUUGGUUGGAAAUGUGCUGCUUUGUUCAAGAGAAAUAAAUGGACUGUCAAUAAUAAUAAACUCCAAACAACCGAAGCAAACUCAGACAUUCAUCAACAAAAACAACUUGUUCAGUGUCACUGGGCCCCGAAGGAUCUAUGGGAUUUGGUUAUUAUGAUAAGAACAGGGAGAUUACGACAAGGCGUGGUGGUCACAUGCUUGAACGUGGCCUUUUAUGCACUGGCAUCUCCCGAUUUACCAUUGGAUGCUCGUUGGAUGCAACGAUUGACAGAGGAAGCCAUGGGGUCCAGUAGGCGAUCGGCCAAAUUAUGGAUAAAGUAUCGAUCUACGCAGUCCACGACAACUCAAACCAAAAUGCCGCUCCAAGUCCAUCAAGCAGUGCAGGAAGUCGCGACUUAUUGUCGACCUCUUCUCCAGCAUUUGCCCCAGAUUGCAGCGGAUCGGCAAUUCGAAUCGUUCCAGCAAGUGUUUGGACACACUGAGAAUGGCGGAGAAACCGAACAACACCUACAAGAGGACAUGACGCAGUGGAUACUUCACGACAUUUGUUCUGUCUGGACCAAUCGAAGACAAGCGCACGCGUACUUGGUCUUUCAGGAGGGAGCCACGAAACCACCCGAACUCAGGAAUGGUGCCAGGGUGCGGAUAGGAUAUCAUCCCGUCGUGUUCCGGAUCGUCAGUCUUCGACCGGCAAAGGGGUGGCAUCCCGGAACGGAGUCAUGGCCGCCAUAUACCAAAGAUGCUUAUCGUUUAGUAUUGGAUCCUCCGCCUGACUUUGCUGUGUGUGGCGGGAGAGUGAUACUGCUGGUCCCAAACGACAAAGAGGAGAACCAACCGCUUUCACCAUCUGACACGCAACGAGAUGCGGUAAAUGCAUCACCCACUGAAAAGCCCACAACUACGACUGACAGCGCCAACACAGAAGCAGUAUCUCACCCACAACCUGUUUCUUCCAAGAUAGACAAGAACCGCAACCUUGACUUGCUACCUACUGCCGCAAACGUGGAAAAAGAGCAGUUUCAAGCCAAGGCAUUCAUGAAGAAGGCAAAGAAGUGCACUCCAACGCCAUUGGCGCCUCCAAUCCGCAAGGGACAAAGGAUUGUAUUCGUCAUUAGCUCUAGUAUCCAGAAAGUGAACGAAUUUCGGUUGUUCUUUGCCAGGUAUGGAAUUGGCGUAGCCCAUGUCAAUCCUUACGGUUUCAGGACGGCCGGUAAGACGAUUGAAAAAGUUGCCACGACUUUGGAACCACUAGCACGGCAACUCUUGGCGCAAACGGAACCCAACACUUUUUGGUGCAAGGCGGUCAUGUGGGAACAGAUGUUGCUGUUGAAAUAUGGGGAAGAUAAGGCUGCCAACUUUAACGACAAUCCUGUUGAUGGAGAACGUGCUAUGGUCAAAGCCAAUCUCAUUUGCUGGACCUGGAAGGAAGACAUUGCAACCGCAGCUCAGGAAUUCUCGUCCAUUGGUCUACGUCAUGCUGGGAGCGCACGAGAUGGCGAGAUCAGUACGGACGGCAACACAGAAGGCGGCGUUAUGACAACAAAGUUCUACUCAAAUGAUGUUGAGGGCUUCAUUGAUCUCUCAAAGCGAGGCAACAAGGAGCAGGUGUUCGGCUUUGAUGAUAUCUUUGUCCUGAAAGCCACCAGUCUCUCCUAUCAUGAAAAGAAGCUUGCCGGCUUCAAGUGCAGUCCGCGAGAUUCCAACCUUUCUGCUUUCGUCGCGGAUCAUGUGCACUACAAGAAUCGCAAAGAAUGGGGCCAUUUGCCAAACGUCAAUCAACAUGAGAAGAACGUCGACAGAAAACGAACCAUAUCAAUAGGAUUUUCGGAUGGAUUGGAUUGUGCCAAGUUUGUGGCGAAUACGAGCUAUUUCCACACGGGAGUUGCCUCUCGAUUGCUGCCAUGCUUCUACUCUGUUGUGAAUGAUGGCGUCUUCUUUCGCUCGUCCAUCUCUCGCCGUGAAGUGAACUACUGGUUGCCUGGGUUGAACUCAGGGAUCCCCUUUGUGAAAAAGAAGGAUGAGAUACACGAGCUGACAUUCCUUGCCCACGAUUUUGGCCAUUUCAUGAUCCCUGAUCUGGUUUUCACGGAAGCGCUCAGACGAUCUGGUGUGCAAUAUGAUUUCGCAAAACGUGCCAUCUGGCCACUAUUCCAAGCAACUGGGAUCGAUCCAUUCCCAGAGCUACCGGAUACUGAAUAUACAUUGCGACAAUUUCGGAGGCUUCUUCAUGCCAACGCAAUCUAUUGUUUGCUGGGCGACGAUUCCGGAUGGAUGGAGCUGCUCAGAGGGAACAGCAACGACACCGCUGAACCUGAGGCGCUGAAGAGGUUCAAAGACAAGUACAUGCCGUUCUUUGUUGAAGACUACCGGUGGACAUCACAGAACUACGAUUCUAUGGUAUCACGGUGCGACGAGUUCCAGCGCUGGUCAAAGCUUGUCGAGCCGAUCAAACAGGCACUGGCGGGUUCGCCCGGGGGAAGUCGCAUUGAAACGGUAGAAGAGUUUGCUGCUGCAAUCGGGGCUGAGUCAUCCUUGAGCGGAAGAGAUCUGGUGGAGCGUUCGUUGGAUCGACUAUUCGAAGAUCGGAUCAAACCAGCAUUUCAUGGCCAACCUUGCGCUGCAUCGCCUGGUGUUAUUCGACGCAAUUCCCUGGGUCGUUAUAUGAUUGGUCAGUUGCAUCUGUUGGCAAGGUUUCCAAUGAUCCCUGAUGUCAAAAUCUAUGCAGACAAGCUCUGCAAGGUCAUGACUCGAUUGUCGGGUCAGAAUGCUGUGUCUGUUGCUGAAUGUUUCGCUAUUAGGGGCCUGUACGAUCAACUUGUGGUUGUAUUGGAGGAAAAGGGCCUGAUUACUGCGGAUGAUGCGACAACCUACAAAGAGGUCUGUCCCCUGUUCGAGCCGUGUUAUGUCAACUAUGAUCGAGGCUUUGGCUUCUACGAUCAACUGGAAGAAGUGCAGAAACGGAUACUUGCAACGGAGGAUCCUGCUCCUGCUGUUACGCCCGUGUAUACCCCUGUGGUGUCGACCGCCGACCCAAACAACAACAGCUCUCGUCGAGAAAGAUCGCCAGCCACAUUGGAGCAUCAGGGCGCAGCCUUCAUUGAUAUGGAUCGCGCGUGGAAAUCGAUUCUUGAGGUCCCGUUGAAGGCUCGGUUGCGGGCGCUCAUGCAGCAAGUGGGAGUCACAUUCUGGGACGGACCAGAAGGUUGGUUUGUUCGGCAACCAAUGGCCGCCGUUUGUGCCAUUGGUGGCUUGCCAACAUCAUUAGAUUCCAAUGAUUCCAUCACAUUUGGCGGAGCCUCUCAUCAAUUGGAUGACAUAAUCCAAGAGUGGCGUCGUGGUAUGGGACUUGCAUCCAUGCCAUGUUACAUGAACCCGGGCAAGAAGGAGCCGAUUGAUAUGUGGAAUGUUCUUUGCAAGCACGGUCACUUCUCUGUGGCUCAUACAGUUUCACUGAGUUUCUUUCUGGCGGGGUUCUCCUGUGGAGUUGAAAACGAGCUGAACAGCCAACGUGAUUUGGUUCAUAUGGCCCGCGUCACAGUGGCCCGAACGGCAGCUCAACAGCAGCCUCCCAUCGUAGUCCAGCAUCCGUCCUUGCUUCGGUUAGUCGAGCAGCUGAAACAGGUCACUUCACAGUCAUUGGCCGUCCCUGACGACAUAUCAAGCAAAGAUUGGCACGAAGCCGCCAAUCUGCUGUGGCCUGCUGCCAAGGCACAAUGUGCAGUGAUCACAGGCACCUUGCGAAGCUUUCAAAAGCUCAUGGCAGCAAUUGAUGACGAAGGCAAAGAAGCCGAGUUCCGAUCGCUUUUGCUUCUGAUGAAUGCCACUCUUCAGGUGUUACAGCCAGAAAUGUUUCGACCAAACGAAUCAUACAAGUAUGAGCUGCCUCAGCACUACGACACGCAGAGAAAACGCUCGUCCAAUGGGGAUGCCUGA